GUACACCCAUUUUCCCUGUGUGGAGCGCAGCGCCAAAGGAAGCUGGUCCCAGCAGGCCUUCCGGGUCCCAGCAGGCCUUCCGGGUCCCAGCAGGCCUUGCCGCAUGAUUCAGCUUUUCUCUGUGGUGUGUCGCGGAGUCGCUCGUCCGGUUUGGUGUGGCGAGGGGGACCUGCUUCACUCUUUGUGAGAACAAGGGAGUGAGGGAGGAAGGAGGCCGAGGAGGAGGCCAGGACUGAGCAAGGACUAAAGUAAGACUGACAGGGCAGGGAGGGACGGACUGGUUGGCGGCCGCAGGCGAGGCAACACCCGUGAGGCAGCUGCUUGACUAGGCCACAGCCGCCAUGGCGGUGAAUUUUGGAGACCACACUAGCGGGUUCCGCCACAGUGAUGUGAUCAGGUUUAUCAACAAUGAAGUCCUCAGGGAUGGCAGCGGCCCAGCCUUUUUCGUGGCCUUCCGCUCGCGGCCGUGGAACGAGGUAGAGGACGGGCUUCGGGCCAUUGUUGCCGACCCGAAAGUGCCGCGGUCCGUUAAGAGGGCCUGCACCUGGAGCGCGUUGGCUUUGAGUGUGGGAGUGGCCGCGGGGCAGCAGGAGCAGCUGCUGUACCAGGUUCAGCGGCUGCAAGGGCAUGUGGAGGAGCGCCAGGCGGCCUCCUGGGCUCUGACCUCCCAGCUGGAGCGGCUGCGCCUGGAGUGUGAACAGGCGACAACGCAGCUGCACUUCACGCAGUCCGCUCUGCAGCAGGCGCUGAAUGAGCGUGAUGGGCUGUACCAGAGGCUGCUCCAGGUUGAGAGGUUUCCCCAGGCUGCUCCACUGGCCCAUGAAAUAACUGCUGGGCCGCAAACAGAGCAGCAUGGGGCUGCGGCAUGGCCCUUGGCUACAGAGCAGCAGAGAGUGAUGGUGGCUAUGGGGCUACAUGCUAAUGCCCAGAUGCCAACCCUGACAGAUGUUCUUCCUAUGCCAGAACCCCUGAGUCCCUGGGCCAAGGCCAUGCAGCCUCUUCAGCUAGUGCCAGUGCCAAAUCCAUGUCCGUGCCCACCACCAAUUUCAAUGGAAGCCCCAUUCUUGCCAGCUCUACCAUCUGCUGCAGACAUGGGAGCAGAAGCAGCAGCAGUCCCACUUCAGAUGCCUCAUGCUGGGAUCCACCCACCUUGCCAGUGGGCUGCAGUGGACUUCCAGGAGGAGGUGGCCCCUCUGUGGUACCAGAGAAGCUGCAUCCAGGGAGAAGGUUCUGAGAUCCUACAGGGGUCAUUCCCUUUAGGAGACAGCAGAAGCCACAGCCAGGGAGAAGAUUCAGAGAGGUCCCAAGGAAUACCCGUCCCUGGAGACGGUGGGUGCCAAAACCAAGAAGAAGAUUCAGAGAGGCCCCAGGGGACAGCCCCACUGUGGAGCCACAGAAGCCACUUGCAGGAAAAAGGCACAGAAAGACCCCAGGGGCCCAGAGAGACACAAAAUCAGAAAGAAGGUCCAAAGAGGGCCCAGUGGAGGCCCAUCCUGGGGUUUAGAAGGAGCCACAAACCAGAAGGUCCAGAGAGGCCUGAGGAGACUGUCCCCAAAGGAGACAGCAGAAGCUACAGCCAGCAAGGAAGUUCAGAGAGGGCCCAGGGGAUGGCCACCCUGGUGUUUAUCAAAAGACGCAAACCAGAAGGUCAAAAGAAGCCCCAGGGGACUGUCCCCCUGGGGGGCAGCAAAAGUCAUAUCAAGGAAGAAGGUCCAGAGACGUCCCAGGGGACUGUCCCCCAGGGAGACAGCAGAAGCUACAACCAGGACAGAAACCCAGAGGGGGCCCAGGCGAUGGCCACCCUGGUGUUCAGCAGGAGCUGUAAACCAGAAGAAGGUCCAGAGACGCCCCAGGACACUCCCCUGGGGGACAGCAGGAGCCAUGGUGUCAGAGAAAGCCCAAAGAAGCAGCAGCCUCAGGGGCAGAAUGCCAAGCAACCAAAAGUGAAUAAAGUCUCAGGAUCCUGGCAACAGGAGAAGUGUGCCUCAUUGCCAAUUCCAGCAAAUUGGAAAUGCCCAUGUAAAGCCGUGAAUUUUUCAUGGCGUCUGGCCUGCUAUAAAUGCAAGAACGCCCGUGUGCCAUUUGAGAGUGGAGGACAAACUCACUGAUUUCAGAACGGUGAGGUCCUAUUUUUGUAUCUCAUCCCCACCAAACUUGCUUGUUGCUGAAGAAGCUGAACCUGUCCCAUUAGAAGAUCUUCCAAGGCCAAAAGAAAUAGCACCUCACUUCUGAUUGGCGCACACCUCAGUAAGACUGAUGGCAGACUACCGGCUGCAGUGGAGAGGAGUGAGAGGAAAUCAGAGAAGAAGAUGGUUUGACAUUCAUUAGGGGGAAAAGGAAGAGCAGAAUUGUUUUGUUAGGAUUGAAUUUUUCCAUUGGGGCAAGGAAUUAACUUAGAAGAGUUUGGGGGGUUGUAGGUUAAGUUGUAUAGAUAAUAGGAAUUUUGAUAAAUUUCAUUUAGUUUCUUAAGUUGUUACUGUCUAGUAUGUAAUAGGAGCUAGACUUAUAUGUUUUUAUUUGGUGCACAUGUUAUUAUUUGGUGCACACAUCAUAAUCCUUGUUGCUGAGUGGUUAGAAGAUAGGAAAGAGCAUAAUUUGGGAUACAAAUUAGAUCAGGGGUAUCUUCUUUGCCUUGCAUGUAGUGUGGCCUUGGGAAAAACCAAUUUAAAUAGCAUCUAGAUCCAUUUUUGCAGUUUUGUGGGCAAUGUGAAAGAGACUUUCACGAAUGGCCUUGAGUAACCAAACUGCUAGUCUCAUUGAUUUGCAGGUGAGACAAGCAGUGGCAAAGUUCAGGAAAGUGGCCUUACAGAAGUGCAGGCGGAGAUUUUCUGAUUUUCUGCUGAUAUCCUCCUUUGAGAUGGAUAGCUACUUCCUUGGUUGCCCACCAGCCUGCUUGAAAGACCGCUGGCAUAUCUUGAAGAAAGAGUGCUCUAGGGAGUGUUCACUGUGUACUCGAGGCCUCAGCCUCGGACUGCCCACAUUCCAGAUCCCUUUCAGUCAAUAGUGGAUGAAGAACAAAAUGAAUCUCAAGGACAGACAGACAGACAGACAGACAGACAUAAAGGGCUAUGGAUGGUUUUUCUCUUGGGAGGACUAAUUGGGUUAAAAAUAAAACUGGACUGGGGUAAGCACUCUUGGGAAUGCCCCUGGACCCCUCCUCUUUUGUGUGUUCUCUGUAGACUCCCCCAAGGCUGUUGGUGCAAGGCAAUGAGGGAACCAGGGUGGAGCUCAGGAGCGGUUGGUUAGAUCUGCCUUCGGUCCAAGCUAAAGAUGUUACAAGUUUUCCCAUGAAAUCCCACCCAGCUCAUCAAGAUCAACUUUUGUCAGGGUUUUUCUGAUCCUACCUGGUAAUAAAGGGUGUGCACUUG